CCGCCUCUUGUUGUUGCGCCCGCUCAUGGAACACUUCAACUUGUACCUCUUAGACACACUUCGGCUCCGCCCAUUCGUUGCGUUGCGCAGAGCUCGGCGAGCAGCAACUCCUCGAGCCGUGAAAUGCGUCGUCCAUCUUCGAAUGCAACAAUUAGUUCCGAUUUUUUAAGAAAACCUGUUCAAAUUACUGCCGAUCCACGGGUAUAUAAAGGUUCAGUGUUUGCAAAUAGAAGAUUGGCUCAUGAUAAGGCCCGUCAAGCGGAGCAAAUCGAAUCAAAAGAAAAACGAUAUCGUGUUGGUGUGAUUCGAGAACAACUUGGUACUCUUUUGCCACGUGUCCCAGUUCCUAGAAAAAUCCAUCAAACCUCUUCACUUCUUCCGCCGGUGUCCACUAAAACAAGAUCAACAUAUCUACCUGAAAUUGCUUCUGGUCGAACACUUCCAUCUUUAAAUGUUUCAAUUGAUAAAGCUCGAGGAUCUAAAUCGUUUGCCGCCGCCAGAUUUAUGCCGGUUUCUAAUCAAAAAGUUUCAAAUGGUGAUAUAUUAGGAAAUCCCCAAUCUCCAGUAAAAGAGCCUUCUUCGUUUCCUGUAAAAGUCGUUGUAAACUUUGAACAAGCUCAAGGAUCGGAUGUCUAUGGUGGUGCCACGUCAUCGAUUCGAAGACAUAGUCGCCACGUGGCAAUGUCACAGACUGCUACACCUCCUCCAUCUUCACGAACAGUUUACCCAAAUGUUGAUAGUGGAGUUCAAACUGACGAUAACUUUGAUCAAAAAUUUGAAGGAUUGGUCAAAGAGUUAGCAAAUUCUGCAAUUGAAAUGGCUGUAAUAAAUUUGGAAGCUGAGAACACAAUCCGCGCGGUACGGAAGACAGCGGAAGCAACAGAGCAUGAACUUCGUGCGGUCACGCGGAAACAGAAUAUUGAGUCGGCGGAUUGGAGGAGAAAAAUGAUGGAAAAGAAUAAUGAAUUAGAAACAUGGAAAGAACAAGAAGCGAAUGCUCGAGAAGCACAGAAAUUGGCUCAAAUGACUUGCGAAGAAGUGACCAAAAAUACUCUGGAAAAUUUGAGAAUAUUUGAGAGAAACUCGAAAAAAUCAAUUGGAUUAGACACAAGAGAUAUGGUUUUAUUGAAUAAGAAAAUGACUUUAGUGACUGCAGAGCUUGAAAAAGACUUCUUUCCUUGGAUAUUUCAUCGAGCCGAGAGGCUUUUCAAAAAUCGAUUGGCUCGGAGUCAAUUAGAUCAUAGCAUGAUGAACGAGAUUCGGCAUCGGAGAGAACUUGCAAAACGAAGAUUAAUUAGUAUGAAUUCUAAUGCUUUUUAGUUUUUUUUUCCACUUUUUAAAAUAAUCUCCAUGUCGCAAUUUUCUGAGGCGCGUACUUAAAGGCGCACAGAUUCAUAGGGUCUUGCCACGAAAAAGUUUAUGGUAGAAAUGUCAAUUGUAUUUUUAUUCUAAAAAUUUUGAAAAUCUCCACGAAAUCAAGAAAAAUCGAUAAAAACCACGAAAUUUGCUCACGGAAAUCCAUAAUAAAAGACACAAAACAUUUCAAAAUUGAUACAAUAAACUUUUUCCCGUGGCGAAACCAAUCCGAACAAAUCCGUGCUCCUUUAGGAACGGUUUUCAGAAAACGUGACUAACUAUAAUAUUUUUAGUUUCUAUUUCCGCUAGGAUUUUAAGUAAUUAUAUUCAAUUAAUAAAUUUGUCACAUUA